UCCAUCAUUAUUUUCUGACCGUCGGUUUCUUAACUGCGGGUUACUUGACCGGCAGUUACAGGCAUUUUCCUAUUGGAUACGAAGAAACACGUGAUAACCACGUUGUUUGUUUACUCCAGAAGUGGCAUGCUCGCUUACUCGUAGUUUUUCAUCUUUACUUCUAUUGCAUUAAAAUGUCGCAAAAAUUAUAUUUUACAGCAACUGAGAAAGAACUGCUGAUGCAGCUAGUAGAGCCGAAGCUUUCAAUUAUAGAAAACAAAGAAACAAACAAAAUUUCAUCAGGAAAAAAAGCUGAAGCUUUUAUCGAAAUUGAGAAGGAGUUUAACAAAACUCCUGGAGUGAAUCCUCGAACUGCAAUACAGUUGAGACAGUGUUAUUUAAAUAUAAAAAAAAUUGAAUAAAAAAGCAGCUAACGCGAGGCAGCAUAUCAGGUUAACUGGGGGAGGAGAAAAUGUAUGCCCCCAGUUAACGGAAAUGGAUGAACGUUAUUUAUCUAUGCCUCUAUUAACCUAUCCUUUAAGAUCAACUUACGAUAAUGAUUACAUGGAUAUAGAAAGUGAAGCUGAACCUGAAAUCAUUCUUACUAUAGAUGGUGAGGCUUUAGAUGAAACAGUAGAUCAAGAAUCACAGAAUGGUGUGACCGUAACGCCAAGUCCUCCAACACCAGUGGCAGGAACGGAGGAAACUCCUGCAAAAGCCACAUAUUCCAUGUUCAGAAAGCGAACGAAAAAAUCUGCCCCCUCUGCAGCCCAAAAAGCUGCUUCUUCUAUUGAAGAAAAAUACAGAUUGGAAAUUCAAGUUUUAAAGAGUAAAGAGGAGAGGGACGUGGAAGAACACAUGUUAAAGAUGAGGCUGCUGUCUGCGCAGAUCAAGUUUCAGGAGAAUUUAAACAGAAUCUUGCGCACUAAUCCCACCUCUUUAAACAUUUCAUUAAAUAAAUGUUUUAUUGUGUUGUGUAUCAAUAUUAUUCAAAACAUGUUGUAUAAUUGUUAAAUAAUUCAAUUUUCCACAUAAUCUUGUUGUCAGUGGGAACUGAAGAAACAAUGAUACAUUUUAA